UUCGAUCGAGUAAGAUGCAGUCCUGCAUAGAACGAUCAGUUCUUGCGCUUACGGCUCUGGUCCUUUUUGGUACCCCGGUUGUUCAGGCAGUACCAUUGAAGAAAGAGGCACACGAAAAGGAUGAUUUUAUUUCUUAUCGGUUACCAAAUAAUACGCGCCCUAUCAGUUAUGAUAUAGAUAUAACAACGCGUGUGGAUAAGGGAGAUUUUACUUUUACGGGUCAAGUCGAUAUUUUCCUAAUAGUGGUCAAUGAAACUCACGAUAUUACUAUUCACGCCCGCCAACUUACUAUAAAUUUCAUAGAGUUAAAGUCCCAGUUUUUUCCUUCAGUGUAUCCAACGGUUUAUUCAUAUGAUAAUGAAACGGAAUUUUUGAGAAUAUAUACUGGGGUCAUUCUGAAGCCAGGCGGAUAUACGUUGCGUAUAAAAUAUGAAGGUGAACUCCGUAAGGAUAAUGCUGGAUUCUACUUGUCAACAUAUACAGAUGACAACGGUAAUACGGUCAAUCUUGCCACGACCCAAUUUGAAGCGACUGACGCCAGGCAUGCUUUCCCAUGCUAUGAUGAGCCUGCGAUGAAAGCCUCCUUCAGGCUCUAUGUCACACAUGGCAGUAAUUAUACAGCUAUUUCGAAUAUGCCAGCUAUGGAAAACCCUGUUGACAAUGAGGACGGAACUUCGACAACAUCUUUCGCUGCAACUUAUAGCAUGUCAACCUACUUGCUAGCUUUCAUUAUAUCGGACUUUAAAUCAACCGAACUGACAAGCAAGAUACCUCAUCGAGUGUUCUCACGAAAUAAUACUAAAAAUGAACAGAGAUUUGGCUUGGAAACCAGCGGUAAAACUUUGGAGGCAAUAGGCGAUUACUUGAAUGUACCUUACGAUUUACCAAAAAUGGACAAUGCUGCGAUCCCAGACUUUGCGGCAGGUGCGAUGGAAAAUUGGGGGUUAGUCACGUACAAAGAGGACUAUCUUUUGUACAAUGAAGGACAAUCAACUACGCAAACUCAAAUUAGAAUUGCACUAACUAUUGCCCACGAAUUUGGUCAUCAGUGGUUCGGAAAUUUGGUCAGCCCUCUGUGGUGGACAUAUGCAUGGUUGAAUGAAGGCUUCGCAUCAAUUUUUGCAUAUAUCGCAUCCAGCGCGGUAUUCCCAGAGUGGGAUCUUUGGCAAGUUUUUCAUGUUUCAGAAUUCCAAACGGCUCUCCGGAAUGAUGGUGAGGCUAAUCCACGACCCAUGACUGAUUACGUUGAAGCGCCGAGUGACAUUUCGAAGAUUUUCGACAGCGUGAUUUACUCAAAAGCGGCAAGCGUCCUCAUUAUGUUACGCCACGCCUUUACGGAAAGUACAUUUAAAAAGGCUCUUUACAAUUAUCUUAACAAGCUGGAAUACAAGUUUGCUGAAGAAGACGACCUUUUCCUGAGUUUCGUGGUAGCGAUCGGGGAGGAUAAUAUUUUCCCGCCCGGUAGAGAUGUUGAUUUGUUCAAGAUGCUCAAAUCUUGGACUAACCAAGGAGGCUUUCCGUUGAUAACGGUUACUCGCAACUACGAUAAAGGAACGUUUGUAAUUACUCAACAGCCAUUCAACGGUGACAGUGCCCCUUCGAGUACUGACAAGCGAUCCUGGUGGGUUCCCUUCAAUUUCGCCGCUGCUAGGAAUCCUAAUUUUAAUGAAACUGAAAUGUAUGAUUACUUGAAUGUGGGAGAAUCAUCCAAAGAGAUUUCUUCAACUGCGGAGAAACAAUGGGAGAAUAGCGAUUGGAUUGUCCUGAACAAAAGGUCGACUGCAUACUACAGAGUCAACUAUGAUAUCGACAACUGGAAGCUUAUAACCCUGGCAUUGACAAAAGACCUAGCCCAGUUCCAUGUGAAUAACAGAGCACAACUCCUUGAUGACUCAUUUAGGCUUGCUGCUGCUAAGAUUUUAAAAUUCGAAAUCUACUUCGAAUUAUCUUUGUAUCUACAAAAUGAAAAUGACUACGCUCCAUGGAUGACCGCUGACCAACAUCUGUCCGAACUUAACCUAUAUUUGAAUGGUGACAGCGAAUAUGAACUAUUCCAAUUUUACGUUCAAAAAAUGAUUGAAAAUUUUUAUGAAACGGUUCGGUAUACAGAGAAUAUGGCCGAGGAACCUUUGCUUAAAAUAUUGCGAAAUGUCGCUAUUAAUUGGGCCUGUCGAGCAAAUUAUGGUGAUUGCUUAGACAUGACGAGCAACAGGCUUCGUGAAUACAUCGAUUUUGAAAAAAAAAUUGAGCCCGACUUGAGGGCUAGUAUUUUCUGUAACGGUUUGACGAAAGCAGGAGAAAAAGAGUUCAACUAUCUCCUUAAAGAGGUUAUGACCUCGAAGGAUCAGGCUUUCCGAAGCGAAAUGAUGGCUUCAGUGCUUGGUUGUGUGCAAGAUGUCACCUUGCUCCAGCAAUAUUUACAAACAUCUAUUCAAACCAAUGGUUCUGUAAAUUAUCGAGCUCAGGAACGCACAUCCGUGAUUCCCGGUGUAGUCGAUAAAGGACCAAUUCAGUUGGCGGUAGUAAUCAACUUCUUAAUUGAAAACCAUGCGCAGUACCAUAAAUUGCUAUCCGGGUGGAGCAACGUUAAUCCGUUACUAACAGUGACAGAUGAAAUUGCAGAGAAGAUAGUCAGCGAACAACAAAAGGCGCAAUUUGAGCAACUCUUGGCGAAAUUGAAGGAUUAUAAGGACAUCCCCCAGUCGGAUUUAGAUCAAUUACGUGAUAGGGUAAAAGCUAAUCUGGAGUGGAUAAAAGGUCACCGUGACGAACUGAUUUCUUGGCUCAAAAACUUCAAAAAGGAUCCAAAAGGACCUGGUGGCGGAGCUACAGCCAUUGCUCUAUCCAUUACAGCGAUGACGGUUGCCACUUUUAUAUCAAUAAGUUCUUUGUUACAAGUUAUACUAACUUCUGCUUGCUGUUAAAAUGUAGAUAUUAAAUUCAUAAUAUUAGUCAAGCUGGAGAAGUUUCUUUGGCUUGUAUCCAUCACAUA